AUGGAUCUUCCCCGCCUCAUCCCCGUCCCGCCAACUGUUGUGCGGAAAACUAUUCCAAACGAACAAUGGGAAGCCACUCUUGAUGCUUGGAUUCUAUUGACGGAGUUACGUCUGCAUCUUUCCGCGCAGCAGUUCGGAGAAUGCGCACAUGCAGACCGAUUUAAUGCUUCCUUCCUGACGUCGUAUUUCGCAGCCCGUGACGAUGCUCGGCUUCAUGGAACGAAUGCUAGUACGACGACUACCAAAAAGUCAAAGCAUCUUCGAAGGAGUGCCUUUCUACUUACAAGGAGAUACUAUUUGGAUGUGCAGCCAUUUCCCUUGGCAGACGAGUUAUUGGAUUGGCGAUUUCUUGGUGACUUUUGCGAUACCUACCACUCAAGCUCGGCUCUGAAACAACUCUUAUCAGAGGUAUGGACGCGAUACGAAAAUGUGAUUUCACCCAGUAUCGAAACGGGCAAACUCGAAGUCAUGGAGAUGCUGUUGAAGGCCAAAAAAACAGGACAAGUGACCGCUGCUUCCGAUCUAGUCCUUGAUAUCCGACGAUUAAGUAUUCUGGCUUCUGCAUUGCCGCAAGUUGGUUGCCUGCUCAUGACAGGAUCAGACUAUCUCGAUACAUUGCAUGAUGCUUACAGGAUAUCACUCUCUGCUAGCAAUGAAGCCGACGGUAACGCAUUGAGAAGCACGCUGGUUGCAAAUGUCUACGUCGGAUUGACUUCUCUGCUUAAAGUACCCAACCCUAACCUAUCCCUUUUACUCGAUCAAUUAUUCUCUCUCAAGGCUUCAGCGAGUACCGAGGUAACAUCCAGCAAGAAGAGCAAGUUGUCGCCAGACCUAUUGUCGGAUUUAGUAUGUAGUACAGACAUUCUUGUCCGGAUAGAGCGAUAUUUGGUAUCGGCGCCACAAAAACGGGGUCAAGAUCUUGUCAGCUCACUACGGGAAUAUCAACAACAGACGAAAGGGAUGCAUAAUCAACACUAUCAGCGACUCAAGAAAAAGAAGGACAAAGGCAAAGCCAAAGCAAACACAGAACAUAAUGGCCGUUUACACGUUCACAAAUUGUCCUUGAUAACACAGAUUCGUGACCUAUUUCCGGAUCUUGGGGAGGGUUACAUUGUCCGAUUGCUUGAUUAUUAUACAGAUAACGUCGAAACCGUGGUAGCCCAUUUGUUAGAGAGCUCACUGCCACCUGAACUAGAAGCGCUUGACAAAACGGAACCUCUACCAGUUCACAACUUGCAAAGCCACGAUGUGAUGGAGCCUCGUCAUACUCUGCCGCAACUUGCCUCACCUCGACCCGGAUUUGCGCGCAAUAUAGAUUUAGAAGAUGACGAAAUUAUACAAGCUGCACGGUCUGCGGUUGGUGGACAAAACAAGAAACUACUCUUUGGCAGAGCCAAUAUUGAUUCUACGGCCGAUACCAUCCUCGCUGAUCGAAGCCAGCAUGCCGCUAACAAAGCUGCAAUAUUAUCCGCAUUGGCCAAUUUUGAUUCUGACGAUGAUGAGCGAGAUGAUACCUAUGAUGCAGCUGAUGUUGGCGGUACCGUCGAUUCAGGAAUCGGAACAGGAACAGUAGAUGUCGAGCCCGAACAAGAAAAACGUAACCGAGCAGGUGCAGGUGCCACCGGAGACGGAGAUAACGAUCUUAUGGACCCUGACAUGACGUUGUAUCGAUUAUGGAAAUCAAACACUGCACAGUUUGCGCGUGACUCGACCACUCGUCGAUCCCAAUCGCGAACCAACCUGAAGCGCGAAACUGGAAUGACGGAUGAAGCUAUUGAAGGAUGGGCGGUGAUGCUUCAACGAGACAUGAAAAAGCAAACCCGCCUAGAAUCAAAAUUGACACUUGAGGCUGGAAUGGGCUGUGCUGGAGGAGUGGCCAUAGGUCAGCCCGAGUUGGCCUCAACCGCUUACCGAAGACCAAAUGCGAAAACGAUAACUAGCGAAUUUGAAGACCCGGAGAGCGAUGCUGGCUCAUCUGCUAACACCAGAGGAAGGGGAAGUGGAAGAGGUGGAACUGGAAGGGGCGGACCGAACAGAGGGCGGGGAGGGAAUCGUGGACGAGGUGCCAAUCACCGUCGAAGGGACCAGCAUGCUAAGAAGAUGGUGAAGGCCGGAGUGCUUCCUAGUUGA